AAACAUCAGCAAUGGCGGCGGUGACGGCAGUUGUGGGAUCCUGGGGGAGGCCGCGGUCCUGAGGCACCGUCAAGGCCGCCGCAGUUUCCAACGAAAAAACCAGGUUAGAGGGCCGACCAGCCCGGCACCUUUUCUUUGGGCGCAAGCAUCUCUCAGACAGCUCUUCCUGGAAAAAGCGUCACUCGGACGAGUCUACUCGUAGCCGAGCUGGAAGCAUUUCCACUCUGUCUGAGCCAAGCCUGGGAAGAGAAGCUGUUGCUGCCACCGCCCCAGGGCCAAAUUCUGUUUUUUAGCUCGGGGUUAAAAGACUCCACCGCGCUCUCCACCCACCCCCCAAGAUCCAACUGGGAAUUUAGAUUCUCUCUCCGCUCGCGCCUUUCCCCUGGCUGUAUCCACGCGGAAAUUAGGCAGCGUAGCCAGUCGACCGGAACUGGAGGUUCCUUAGUGCUUUUCCUUCCCAGUUGGACUCAGAAGAUCCCAUUGCAAAAGAUAUUGAUUUCUCUGCUACCUGAAACUGAGAAGAUUCUCAGCAGGGGGGAGGAAGGAAAGGAGGCAUCUACAUCUGUAUCAAGACGAGAGGUCGGGAUUAAGGGAAGCCAAAUGAAUAUGGCCAAGCAAACAGGCUAGGAUAAGCACUGGGUUAAUCCCGGGAUGAAACCUCGAAUUGUCACCUCAGCCUUUCCUGUGCAGGAAGGAGAUACCUAGAGUCACAGAUGUUAAAGGCAUUGAGUACUGAGAUGUUAAAGGCACAGAUGUUAAAGGCAUUGGUACUGAGGAAAUCCUGUCAUUCAGAAACUGAAUAUAAGAAAUAGACUUCCAUAUGCAAUGGAUACUGACCUCAGCUCCCAGGACAGGAAGGACUUGGACAAGUUCAUAAAAUUUUUUGCUUUGAAGACUGUACAGGUGAUUGUGCAGGCCCGACUUGGAGAAAAAAUCUGCACUCGCUCAUCCUCCUCACCAACAGGAUCUGACUGGUUCAACUUGGCAAUCAAAGACAUACCAGAAGUUACUCAUGAAGCAAAAAAAGCUUUGGCAGGGCAGCUGCCGGCUGUUGGACGGUCAAUGUGUGUGGAAAUCUCCCUUAAAACCUCUGAGGGAGAUUCCAUGGAGCUGGAAAUCUGGUGUUUAGAAAUGAAUGAAAAAUGUGAUAAAGAAACCAAAGUUUCCUACACUGUGUAUAAUAGGCUGUCUCUACUGCUGAAAUCUUUGCUUGCUAUAACAAGGGUGACACCAGCCUACAGACUCUCAAGAAAACAAGGUCAUGAAUAUGUCAUAUUGUACAGGGUAUACUUUGGAGAAGUACAACUGAAUGGCUUGGGAGAAGGAUUUCAGACAGUCCGAGUUGGGACAGUUGGUACUCCACUAGGCACAAUCACUUUGUCAUGUGCCUACAGAAUCAACCUAGCAUUCAUGUCUACCAGACAGUUUGAGAGGACCCCACCUAUCAUGGGGAUUAUCAUUGAUCACUUUGUGGACCGUCCCUAUCCCAGCUCCUCACCCAUGCAUCCCUGCAAUUACAGAACAACAGGUGAAGAAAAUGCAAUGGCAUAUCCAUCAGUGGAAGAUUCUCAAGAAGUAUGCACAACCUCUUUCUCUACUUCUCCACCAUCUCAGUGUAUAUUUACUGUCACUAAAGCACAUUUUCAGACCCCUCCUCCUGUGGUGAUGGAUACCUUGAAGGGCCCUAUGAUGGGGCUGGCCUUUUCACAUCAACUCUCCAGCUCUCGUCUUUCUUAUCAGCCUGCAGCCUUGGGAGUUGGAUCAGCUGACUUGGGCUACCCAGUAGUCUUUGCUGGCGGCUUGAGUGCUACACAUCCUCAUCAGUUGGUAGUUCCAGGAAAGGAGGGAGGAGUACCCAUGAUUCCUAGCCAACCGAUGCAUGGCACCCAGGCUGACCAGGAGAAGAUAAUAACAUGCACCCCACUGGAUGGAGGCCACUACUCUGCAGUUACUCCAUCUAGUAGCGAGGACCCAGAAACAGUAUCUAACAGCAGCGAAGGAAAGAGCGGGUCUCCACGCGAUGCCUUGGAAACCUUCUUUGUUCGGAAGGUGGGAGCCUUUGUCAACAAGCCCAUCAGUCAGGUGACAAUGGCCAGUUUGGACAUUCCUUUUGCGAUGUUUGCUCCCAAGAGCUUUGACCUAGAAGAUAACGAUCCCAUGGUAAAUCCACCUGAUUCUCCAGACACGGAGUCUCCUCUCCAAGGCAGCCUACACUCAGUUGGUUCCAGUGGCAGCAGCAGUGGGAAUAUCCAUGAUGAUUUUGUUAUGAUAGAUUUUAAACCAGCAUUUUCUAAAGAUGACAUCAUCCCAAUGGACCUAGGGACUUUCUAUCGUGAAUUUCAGAAUCCCCCUCAACUCAGCAGCCUGUCCAUUGACAUUGGAGCUCAAUCCAUGGCAGAAGACCUGGACUCACUGCCAGAGAAAUUGGCUGUCCAUGAGAGAAAUGUCAAAGAAUUUGAUGCCUUUGUAGAAACCUUACAGUGAAAUUGAACCAACCUAGAGCAGCAUCAGACUUCCUCUUGGGCACUCUGGAAAAGCGAGCCUAUACGUUUUGCAUCUGCCUCUCUUUCUUCAGUGUCCUGUUACGUUGCACCAACCACUUCAUUUGUUUGCUGUGCUCUGUCCGAUGCAGGAACUAAUGUGCAUCACUUUGAAUUGACCUUGUGAUUAAUUCAUUUUCCUUCCUGUUACAAUUGGCAUCUGUAGCAGUACUGUAAGGAACAAAACGGUCAAACACUUUUGCCUUCUAUUAUCUCAUCUGUGAUGAUUGUCUACUGCUUCUGCCUCCAUCAACUGUUGUCCCUUUUCACUUAAUUCAGUAGUACCAUCAGUUGAAAGGAACAAAACAAACCGAACUAUCUAUGCUACACUGAGUCUAAACACUAGCACUGCAGAAUUUGCCUAUUUUCAGUGAGUGUGUUUCAUAUACUACUACAAGGGAUAAUAUUCACUUUUAAGGCUCUAAAAAUGGAAACAAAGUGUUGCACAUCUGCAUGCACAGAUUAGAAGUGAAGGGCACGGUUCUUUCCAUGCUGCAGAGUUGGGAAGUAAUCCAUUAAGAGCAGAAAAAAGUGCUUUACAUACAUUCUUCCAGCAACAGAGUCAAAAACAAUGCCUGCCUAAGGCUAGACAAAAAGUCUUGUUGCUUUUGAAGAAGGUUCAUAGGGUCUCUUACAGUGAUAAUUGUAAAUAUAUGUUAGUAAUCCUAAUUCUUUAGGAUUACUUAAUUAGGGAUCUUUAGUCCAAAGUUUUUCCAAAUGCUGCUGCUCUACGAUAAGAGAAAUAUUUAUUAUUCUAAAGGAAAACUAUAUUUAAAGAAAAAUUGUAUGUGAUGUUUUCACUUCGUUAUGUAGCCAUAGGCUGCUGUGUUCCUUGUCACUGCAAAAGUGCUGUGCUAAGCAGCCCUGCAAAGAAUGAGGGCAUCUUCCUUCCCCUCAAUUUUUGCAGGGUAAAUCAGAACACUUUUUUUUUUCAGACAUGCUAUGCUGAGAAAUUUAUCUUUCCCAGAGACUGACUUGAUCUUCAUUCUGCCCUCUUGGGGUCUAGAAAUGUCAUAAUUAAGAUACGUGCUCUGGUGUAGUGAAUUUGCCGAGUUCUAAAAAACUGAGCUCUUGUCAUAUUUGUAAAAUAAACUUAAUGUAAUCUGUGA